AAUAUUACCUAAAUCUCCUUUCAAUGAAUUUAGAAAGUUAUCUAUGGUAUUAAGUAUUAACUAUUAAUUGUUUUAGCUAUUUUGUGUAUUGGCACCAUAGAAUAUUACUUUAUGAUUAGCACUAAAUUAACUAUCUACUGUAUUUUUUAUAGAUACACAAAUACGAAUGUACUAUUAUUAUUUAAACAAUGGUAGAUGUACCCGUUCAAGAAAUGAUCAAAAAUACAUUUACAUGGAACAACAAGAAUGGCUACAAAUCUGGCAAAACCUAUAAUUUAUUUAACUAUUUUACAAGCGUUGAAGAUUCACACUCAAAGUAUCUUCAUUAUCAAAUUACCAAACCUUUGUCUGUUCAAACUCAACAUGAUUCUCCAUCUAAAAGUGAAUCUUCUCAACCAUUUUAUCAUAUUCAUCAGGAUUCAAUUAUUACACAGAAGCCAAGUCCAACACCAGUUAGAUUUAGCCCACGUAUGGGUUCUAAUGCUAUUAAUUAUGCACGUUCCAGUGCUACAAAUCGGAUAUCAAUCACACCCAAUAUGUCACCAAUCAGCUUCACUAAUGUUGAUCAGUCAAUAUCAAAAAUUAGUGCAAUGUUUCCUACUGCAUCUGAAUCCCACAUUAAAUCAUUAUUAAAUAAAUAUCAUAACAGAGAAGCAGUUGUUAUUAGUGCUUUGCAAGUAGAAAAGCAUCCAAUUGCUACACCUGGACCAUAUACACCACCAUCAAAUAGUCGUCAUUAUAUGUUACAAGCUAAUCCUUCACCCAUGGCUAGUCCAUUACCUAAACCAGCUCAUUAUUCUCCAAAAAUGAAAUUAAGAUAUUUGAAAAGUGUAUUUCCAGUUGUAGAAGAAACGGUACUUUUGGAUACAUUAUGUAGCUCUGAUAAUAAUGUUAAUCAAGCAACAAAAACAUUAUUAACUAUGGGAUUUAAUAAAAGACAUACCAUUAAAAACAAUGUGUCUAAACUGCCUAGAGUUACAUUAACUAACAGUGAAAAUGAUUAUGAAGAAGAUGAUAUGUUUUGGUUACGAAGAAAAACCUGUGAUAAUUAUGAUAAAACUAAAUCUACUUGUUCAUCUUGGCCAAUUUCUUCUGUUGUGUCAACUCCAAUCAAAAAAAUAAAUACUGAUGAACAGAUAAAAAUAAAACAAAGAUUGCAAGAUAAAUUUGAUGAUCAAGAAGAAAAAAUUAUAAUUUUUGCUUUAGAAAGUACAGAUUAUAAUGAAUUAUUAGCAGAUCAAAUUCUUAAAAAUCAUUUAGAUAAUGAAUUUAAAGCGAAGGAUGAAAACAAUGGUAAACUCAAAAGGGAAAAUUCUAAUAACAAAGCAACUGGUAACUGUACCAUAACAACCAUAAGUAACUCAAAAACUGAAUCAAGAAAUUCAUUCUGCGAAAUAAAUUCUGAGAACCAGAAAGCUAUAGAAAAUGGUACACAAAUAAGUUUGGCAAAAGGUCCCAAUAAAGAUUUGUUGAGCAAAAAAGUCUCAUCUAAGUGUGAGACAUAUGAAAAAAAUAGAGUGAAACCCAAAGGUCCAAACAAAUCAUUGUUGAGUAAAAUUCAUUCUCUAGCAAAAGGACCAAAUAUUGAGUUGAAAAAAGGACCAUCUAAAGGAUUAGCAAAGGGUAGUAUUUUCCAUCGGCUAUUCAAAAAAUAAUUUUGUUACAUUUUAUUUUUAAUAAAGUAAAUUAUUUCUAUACUUAAGAUUCUUUGAGUGUAUAGUUGUAAAAAAUUAAAAUUAUGACUUAUUUUGACUACUGUAAUCUAAAUGUUGUUACUUAUAGUAUAAAAUUAGUAGAUUGUUUUUAUUAUAUUAAUUUUUGUAUUCUCUUAAUUAGAAAUUUUUAUUCAGUCAGAAAUCUUUUUCAUAAUUUGUAUAAUACUUUGGGUUUUUUUUUUAGUAAAUUAUAUCAAUAGUUCUAUACUAAAUAAUUAAUGUUAAAAAUAGAAAUAACAUUUAAUCUAGAAA